AUGCCACCAAAGCGAGUUAGAACAGGUAACAACGCUGCUGCAGGAGCUGCAGCGGCCAACAGGAGUUGGGAGGCUGGUCUUACUGAGGCAAAGUUUGAAGAGGAUUCAUGGCGUGCCUGUGUGUCACUGGUGGUUGGGCACAGUCCAGAGGAUGAGGAGCUGAUUGAGGCUUUAGGCCUGGCUGUGCAGAAACCACUACGCAAACUCUUCACCCUGCUGACCUGGGAUAACACUCUGGCUAAGAUCCAUGAGCUGGGGAACCCCAAAACCAAGAAGCCCAAGAAUGUCCCUGUCUUCUAUGAGGUGACAGAGCCCGCCAAGGUGCUGCUUGAUGCAGGGCAGGAGAUUCCCUGUGACCUGAUGGCAAAAAUACUGAAGUUCCAGUUGCUAGAGAUCAAAGCCAAUGAUCAGCACAGGAGGGCAGCAGAGCAAGUAAGUGCUGAGGAAAAGAAGGCAAAACUUCAAGCUGGCUCUAGCUCCGCCACCAAAGCCAAGGGAGGGGCUAAGGCCUCAGAUAACAAGGCCAAAAAACCCCCUCAACCUUCAGGACCAUCCCAGGAGAAAGAGACCAAGCUCAAACGCAGGGGACAGAACGUUGAACCACUCAACUUCAUAGAUGAUGAGCCAGACGAUGGUCCACACCAAUACAUUCUGUUGCUGGGCUUCCAUCAGCCCCAGCUGCUGAGUUUGCUUGAUGCCUUGGGUGUGCACGUAGCCAAUGUCAUCAAGCUGUGUUCGGAUACAGUUGAAGAAGAGGUUCACGGUGGUGAGGAGCUCGCUGACCAGGCCAGGAAGCUACAGGUUUUCUGGUCAGAUCUGAGCCUAGUCCUGGACAGCGCACCGCCUGGCUCCAGGCUCUACGAUGUCACUCAGCUCAGCUACACCGUCCGAGCUCCUCCACUUCCCUUACACACAGAGGACCCUAAAUCUGUGCUGGCAUUGGGAAGUCAAAUCUUUGAUGGUGUGGCUUGUCUCAUCUAUGACUGUCUGGACUGGUAUAGGCAGCACAAGCACUACCAGAACAACAUCAGAUUCAUCAAGAUUCCUACUGUUAUUAGGUUGGAACCUGCAGAGGAUAUUCAGAAUAUGCAGCAUAUGGGGACUGCUCCCCCCACAACUCCGGGGAUCAAGAAGAAAGCAAGGCAAGAGGAUGCUCCUUUAGGCCUCAGCCAGGAGAAUGAGCUACCUCCUUUUUCUGCAGAUGUGGAUAUGCGUUAUUAUAGCAGCCUGUUGGACCUGAUUCCUCCUGAGGCCUCCUCUGUGCCCCUCAUCUUGCACUGUAUGCUUGAGCAGGUGGUGAUAUCCACAGAGCAGUCCCUCUCUUUGUUGUCCCAAACAGCUGACGAGCCCAGAGCCAGUAGUGGUUUUUGGAUCGACUGUCAGCUGGUGAACUACAUGCUCCACAGCUUCUUGCCUCUGGUACACACAGAAGAGGAGAGGAACCACAUGGUGAACAGCCUUCUCACUCUGAUACAGGAUCCACAAGAUAAGAAGAGGCUGGAGGAGGAGUUUGGAGUAGAGAAGGCCCAGCGGAAGGCUGAGGGGCAUCCUCUUGUUUUCAGACACCAUGAUGAGAGAGCACUACGACUGAGGCAGAUCAGUAAGCAUCAGGGUUUUGACCCGGUGGAGGUGGAGUUGUCCAUGAUGAAGUUGACUCCGCUGUGGCAGCUGAUCCACUCUGCAGCACUGCAGAGAAACAAUGACCUCUGCAGAAUGGCAGUCAAACAGCAGCUGCAGCACUACUGCACAGCUGGUGGUGUGCCGUGGCUAGAGGUGGAGCGCCUGUUGCGUCUGAGUGUGUUGGAGAGUGUACCACUGACUGGGCUGGAUCAGCAGGGUCUGCUACUGAACACUGCUGGUGCACAGCAACACCCACCCCUCCUCAUUCCGUGGGAUGAUCCACUGUCCUACGCCAAACAGCCACAAAACCGAUGGACCAAAGGUCAGACAUUUCUCACUGAGGACCCUGGUAGUUCAGAGCAGACCAGUAGAAGUGUGUGUGGUCAGCUGAACCUAUCUGCCAUCCAGAGUUGUAGGUUGAGGUUUUUGUCUGACUGGCACUACACUGAACACCACAGUGCGGCCGUCUUCCCCCAGGUGCUCCAGUCAGCCUCAGAAGCCUACUGCUGUGUGGACACUUUCCAAGGAAGCCUUGAUAACAUCCUCUACAUUAUUUGCCACAGUCCCAUGAGCCCUCAACGCCAGUGCAAGCAGUUCUGGGAUAUGGCCCUUCACACUGAUGUUGGGUUCAGGAAGUACUUGGAGCAUGUGGCAGAUUCCAUCUCCAAUUGGACCAGAGAGGAGGAAGCAAAGAGAGAGGCAACACAACUCAGGACUCCCAGUCCUGCUGAAUCACUAAAGGGUGACACAGCUACAGAUAGUAGAGCAGAGGAGGCCACUCCUGAUCUGUGUAUCAGAAAAGACUCCCUUAAGGCAUGGAAAUUGGAGCAAGACCGUUUGAAAGAGGAAGAGAUGGCCAAGAAAUCUAAGAAAGACAACACACGUGGAGGCAAGGCACAGAGGGAGAGGGUUGUAUCAGCAGCUUCCACCAAGGAAAACAAAAUAGAUGAUAGUAAAGCCUUGUCUGGUCGCAAGAAGAGCAGAGGAGAGACAGCCAGCAGCUCAUCAAAGAGCCCCACCGCAUCCAUUGCAGCUGCAGUGCCCCCUGUUGAGGACAACAAAGAACUGCAGCCAGCAGAGGAGCCCUUCAGUGGUUUCAUAGGCUACACAAUGGAUGGUAAGCUGAUCCAGGUGUCAGGUCAGCUGCAGCACCUCUUCCCCUCAGAUGGAGGACACAUCACUGUGGAGAAUAUCACCUAUGUUGAAGGUUCUAGUCUCAUGAAGGUUUGUGUGAGGAAGGAUGGGCAUCAUUUCUACACACACAUCAACAAUGUCACUGUUGAGACGACUCCUAAGCCUGAAGGAAAAGAGUCCAAAGAGUUACAAGAGACAAAAGAGGAAAGGCCUGUGGGGACUGACAUAGUGAGACAGGGCUCCUUCACAGCCGUGCUGAACAAUGGAGUUCACCUCUCUUACAGUUAUUAUGGACCCACUGGACAAUAUAAAGUGAGUCCUCAGGUGCUGGAUGGUGGUGUACCGCAAACCGUCAGUGUGUCUGCACCCCCUAUCCCCUCCGAGCACUCCGCCAAGGCACCAGAUGAAGCUUCGUCUUCCUCUAUGACCCAGAGCCCAGCUAGCCAAACCAGGCCUCAGGAGUCCCAGUCCAAGGUAUGUGAAGGCCAGCCAUCGUUACCAGCUGUUCCAUUCAACAGUCUCAACUUAUCUGUCCCAAACGGCCUACUGCUGCAGUUUCUCACAGAAGAUAUACAAGGCGUUUCCUCAGGGGAGCAGAGUAUAUUGGUGAGACAGAGCUUUCCUCUUCAAAGCAGAAGGGUUGCAAGUGGGCUCCAGGACCCCUCUCUAUCUGGAGAGUUCUCCCGCAUUGUCACCAGCCAAGGAACUGUUGUCCGACACAUGAGGGAUGGGUCCACAGAGGUGCUGUUUGCAGAUGGCUCAGUUAGUUUCAGCCAGGACUCUGGUCCAGUAUGGGUGCCCGAGUCUGAGGUUGAAGAGGAAAAGACAUCCCCACCAGAAUGCAGAGAGGCCCAGAGCAACAAGAAAGGGAAAAGCUCUAAGAAUGAUGUUGAGCCAGAGAUCAUCCCCACUCCUCAGAGAGGAUGCUGGCUAACCACGACACCCUCUGGAGCCCGCAUCUCCACUGUAGGGAAUACACACAAAUGCAUACCCAUCACUCCUGUGCUUGCCUUCCAUGCUACAGACCCCUUCACCCAUGAUGUAAUGUUGAGCCGGGAGGACCGGGUGGUUUCUACUCAGAGCACAGACGGGUCUCUGACAGUAGAACAUGCAGAUGGAACCAAGAUCACCACCCUCUACCAGGACAGAGAGUCAAACAUGCCACCACAUACAUUACUGCAAACAGGGGAGCAGCCUGAGAGUCCAUACACCCCAACAAUGUGUGACAAUGAAGAGGGAAGUGGCAGCAACAGUGCUGGGAAUGCAUGUGACAAGGAGGGCACCAGGCACAAUGUGUUUGCAGAAGAGACUAUAGGUAAUAAGAGUAAAGGGAGUUCAUAUGAGAGUGGUAAAGCAAGUGUGUCUGCCAAAGAGCGGGUGCUGCUGGUUGAAAAAGAGGGCUUUGCCACGGUGGUGAUGUAUCCAGAGCAACACACUGCUCAUGUCUUUCUGGCAGACGGCACUGUUGUCACAGGAAGCAGCCAUGGAGCCUAUGAGGUGUUCCCGUCUGGUGUGGGCAUUCUGCAGAUUCAAAGUAAUGGGAAGUGUUUGUAUUCAUCCGACCCCUUGAUGACACCGAGCCCACAGUGUGGCACCCCCGGCAACAAGCCUGGAAGCUACAUUAUGAGUCACACAGACAAGGUUGCCUGUGACUUUACAGACCAUGAUGGGAACCACUUCCAGGUGAUGGAAGAUGGCCAGAUAUCAGCACUGAUCUCCAGCCCUGCCAGCAGCACAUUAGAACAAGAAGAGCAGGAGGAAGAAGAAGAUGGAGAAAUGGCCAGACUUCAUGUAAAACACAGAGAGCAUUGUCCCAGGUUUUUUGUGGUGCAUGAGGAUGGCUCAGGUACUGAACUGCUGAGCUCUCAGACUGUAGAGGAGCUGCUCUACCAGGCCCACUGUGACCCUGCCGUCGCACUGAUGAAGGAAGCACUGCCAGACACUCAAGGUGAGUUUGGCAUUACCAUUCUCAAGCCCAGCCAUCAGAGUGUUUGGUCCCAGUGGUUGCUACAGAAACAGAACCCAGACAUCAUCCCCGCCAACCUCAGGAACCGCAGCUGGCACGACUUCCCCAGAGUAGAGGGGAAGACACCAGGCCCUCCAUUGGGUUCUGACCUGGGAGUGGGUCUGACUCUGAAGGAGAGGUCCAGUAGUUCCCCAGUACAACGUCAACCUGUCCGGAGCUGCCCUGAGGCUCUGGUGGUCAGAGAGCUGAGCCAGCACCGACCAGUCACCACCCAGCUCAGGAGGACACUAGACACACGGCUAAAGGAAUACAUGGAGAGCGUGUUGCAGAGGGAGCAGCUAUCAGAGGAUAUGAAACUUAAAGACCCCCGCACUGAAGAGGAGAGAGCCCGUGCCAGUGACCUGCUCAACCUUGUUCUGUCUCUUCCAGAGGCAGAGCAUCCAGGCCAUUGCAUUGAGAAGAGGAAUUCAGUGGACAUAGCCAGCCUGUACAGCCAAGUGGUUUCGCAGUCACAAACUUCAGAGGACACACCUGAGGCUGCUAGUAAUGGAAAGGAAUCACAGUGGACGAAAAGACUUGCACAGCACAGACAGGAGUUGUGUGAGGAUAAGGCUUAUAGAGAGAUUCUGCGGAACAGGAUCAUUGUUCCUUAUUUCCACCCAGAAAACACACCAUUACACCAGAGUCACCAGCAAACACCAGAUAUGAGGAGGCUCACCAUGGAUCUCCCUCCAUGUCCCAGGACAGACGAUGCUGAGGCCUUUCUGCAAGAUGCCCCACAAGAAAACCCUCAGCGACCCUUGAAUCCAACGCCCUCUCAUGCAGCAAGUCAUGUGGCACAAAGUGACGUGAUGCCUGCAGGGAGACCCACCAACCCCACGCCUCAGACUGCAGGUGACAGCAGUUUGAGGGGCUCAUCUGGGCAGUGUAAGUCAGUCCAUUUGGAUGUGACUGGAAACCCUAGGAGGACUAAAGUCUGUCUACCAACCUCCAUCCUCACAUCCAAGCCCUGCAGCAUACCCAAUCAACAGUUCCUGUCAGUGGAGGAGCCCGUGAGGAGGAAAUGUCGAACAAUUUCGCUGAUCAAUCCAAAUUCCAUAGCCAGAGGUUUUGAGCUCCGCCCGUCCAGUGUUGACUUUGGGAAGCUCAGGGAGGGCACCUUGUAUGCUGUUACCGUGGUGAUGACAAAUGUGGGCGUUGACACCUGCAGGUUCACUGUGAAACAACCUCCUCCUGCUUCAGGCCUGCGAGUCAUCUACAACCCAGGGCCUGUGGCUGCAGGUUUGCAGGUUCAGCUGCACGUUCAGCUGUUUGCCAUGUCUGCAGUCCAAGAGGGAGAGGCAGAGCCAAAGAACUACAUUUCCCAGAACAUUCCCAUCCUCACUGAGACUGAGAUCCUCUACCUACCCGUCACCGCUACCAUCCUUCCUGAUAAGCUCUAUGACCGUUGGCUUAAUCACCAAACCAAUCCACACAAGAAAUGUUCCAGGGUCCAUCAGCUGUCUUCCACCCCGCCAGUGAGACGGGGAGCACAGCUGUCCCACAGACAACCCCCUCCUCUGACCUCCUCUGCAGCAGACCUAGAAGAACAUCUGAAUCCUACCACGAGUGUCUGAGGAAUAUGCAUCACUCAUCUUGAAUCAGAUUUCACUUCUUCCACUCAGGACCCGCUAUUUCUCCCCUCAAAAUGGAAAGAUUGUUAAGGAU